AAACCGAAGGUUAAUGAAAAAGGAUAUAUUCAAAUAUUUAGGAUCCGGUAUUUUAGCUAUUAAAACUUAUGUUAGGGAAAAGCAUGAUGAAUAAAUAAUUAGUUUUUAUCACAUUAACUGUUAAACGUUUUAAUUUACUAGUUAUACAUAACAUUAUUUCGUGGAUGAUAUUUUUUGGUGAGUCUCUAUGUCUAAUAGCUGAUUGUGACCGUGCGAAUACAGUAUGCAUAAGUAGUAUAAAGAAAUGUUUCUCCAGUGUGUGUUCAACAAACAGCGGUGACAUCUCAUACAAAUAAAAUCAAAUAACAAAGAGGAAUGGCUUCUGCUACAGUUCACGCUAAUAGAAAAACAAAUUAUGCUAGAAUCGGCCAAGCUGCUCAAAAUGAACUUCCAAAUAUUUUACGCGAGCUUCUCCUUAUCAAAGAACCUCCAAAUUUAUUGCAAAGCCACGUGAUGCAAAACAAUGAUCUCCAAAGAAGAUUAAGAGAUGGAGAUAAGUUAAAAAUACAGCAGGUUGCCAAUAAUAAUGGAUAUAACGGGUUUGAUAUACCUUUAAUGUACACAUUGAUCCGAAAUUUGAAAUUAGUUCCUCCACCAACACAAGGAUGGGACAAGAAUGAUCCUACUCCGGUUGAAUUGACAGUUGGUGAUGACGUAGAACGCAUAAGACGAUUACGAAAUGAAGUAUUACAUCGCGGGGAUGCAGACGUACAUAAAGACGCAUUAUCAGUUUAUAUGUGCACAUUUAAGGAAAUAGCUGGUAGACUUGAGAUAUAUCUCGGUAAACGGAAAGAUGAGUUUGUAUCACAGAUAGAGAGUCUAGAAACGUGUUGUAUGGAUAUUGAAACAGAACGAACGUACCUUGAUAACUUGAAGGAAUUAAUAAGUAAAGAAGUUCAACUGAAAGGAGAAGUAGAUGAUGUGCAGAACGAUAUUCGCAAUCUGCGAAGAGAUUUUGAAGUUGAAAUAUUGGGCAAAAAGAAACUGAAGAAGAAAAGUUACAUACGAAGGGAAACAAUUAAAUGGAAACAAGGAAGCUUUUUUGGAAUCGGAGGCGACAAAUCUCAAUGUUAUCAACUAUACAACUAUGAAAUGCACUCUGGAGAAAUGGUUCCAGUAUAUAUUCAGAAUGGUUAUGAUAUCCCAGAGACUUUAAACAUUGAUGAUGGCAAGCUUCAAUUUGGCAUUAACAAGGGGAUCUUAUUCAUUGUUUAUCAUGACAAAAAUUUGACACCUUACCAGCACAGGUUUAUACAGAAUGAGAAUCAGAAAAAAGCUUAUGCUACAAACGAAUCCUUAAAAGCUCUGACAAGUGGUAAAAUAGAUUUUUCCUGGAUAGUAGGGGACUAUUUGCGUGAUUUCAAAAAUUUCUUUAUUUAAUUACACUUAUUCGUUUGCACUUUUACUAAUUUCGAUUUCGAUAAAAAUCGCGAAACCAUAACAGAAUGAGUUGAUGAUAACAUAUGCAUCUGCAUGGAAAUUCAAAAUUACCAGUCCUAUUAAGUGUGUAUAUGAUCUUCAAUAUGUUUAUGUUUUUGAGUAGUAAUACUUAAUUGAAAGAGAGGUGGAAGUACCGAAGGAAUAAUCCAUUUCAUAAGUCAAAAAUAAAUGGACAACGCCAUGCCAAUAUAUGGAUAUCAUUUUGUUUUGGAAUUUAGGAAACACAUGAUAUAAUAAGAUCGAUACUUAAUAAUACUUCUGACAAAAUUCUAAAUUUAUCGAAGAAAAAAUAGUAAAAAUCAGGUGAAUUUCAUAUGACUAAAAAAUACCUCAAAGAAUUUCACAUGGCCAACAUCUACUUGGACCCCUAGAUUCCUAGCAUACUAGAAUAUUUUUUUUAUUAUAAAAUACUAGGUACUUUGUAUACCUAAAUCAGUCUCACUUUAUAUUUCGUUACCUUAUUCACAUCACCAGCUAUGUUAUAAUUUAAUAGUGAUAUAUAUUUUUUAUGUAUGUAUAGUUGUUUUUUUCUAAAUCUAUAUCUGCAUUUAUGUUCCUCAUAUAUUGUUACUUGUACAAAUAUAAUCCCACAGAAAACAAUCAUUGUGACCUGUAAUGAAUGCUGUUAGUAAGACAUAUACUAGUAAUACAGAUACACGAUGAGAAAAAAACACGCCCCAAUUUAGUUUGACGCUUAUCUAAGUAGAAAUUUAAAAAAAAUGUAUUGUUUCAAACACUUCUCUCAUAAUACUGCAGACAGUGAUACGUCUUUAAGAAUUAGGGUACCGUACUCUUAUUGACUAUCAUGUAUAGGUAUAAGAAUAUCCAUGUAUAGUUCUUUCUUCUAAAAUACGACAAAAAAAAGUUUUAGAAUAAUAGGAACUAUUUAUCCACCACAUUUUAAAUGUUCACUCAUUAAAUGUAAUUCGUCAA